CAAAAUCAUGUAAUCAAUACAUUACUACCAUUGAAUCCUUAGACUCCAUCGAAGUUUUGCCAGUUGUUCUAAUAACAUUUACAGUAAAAGAGUCUAGUUAGAAUUGCACGUUAUAUUUAGUUAUCCAGGCUCUUGCACUCUGGAACAGAUCCUUAGUUUUUCCUUCCAUGUUUUUUUUUUUUUCCCAAAGUGUAUAAUUCAUUGAUUUUUAGUAAAUUUAUAGAGUCACACAGCCAUCACCACAAUCUAGUAUUAGAACAUUUCUAGCAUGCACCCCCAAAAUCCAUUUGCAGUCACUACCUGUUCACACCCCCGGCCAAACCCCAGGCUACUUUCUGUCUGUAGGUUUGUCCUCUCUGGACUCUAUAGAAAUGGGUCAGACAGUAUAAGGACAUCUGCAUCUGUUUUCUUUCACUCAGCCCCAUCUUCUGAGGUCCAUUGGAGUUCCAGUGCGACUCAGUACCUAGUUGCAUUUUAUUGCCAGUGGUAUUCCACUGUGUGGAUCCAUCACAUUUGUGUAUUUGUUCACCAGUGACAGACAUUUGGGUGGUUUCCACUUUUUGGCCAUUGUGAGUAGUGUUACCUUGUCUGAUCCGGACAUUUCUAAAUAUUACAGGCUAGUUGUUUUUUUUUUUUUUAUAGCGUCUCUUAAUUUGGUCUUGUAUGCCAGACUUCUGUGAGUUACUCUUUUUUCGUUGGUUAUCAGUAAGUAUUUCAUGGGGAAGUGCUUGGAAACCAUGAAAAUAUACCAUUUCUCAUCAAACUUGCAAUCUAUUUAAGUAAAUCACCAGGGACUUAAGUUUAUGUUACCAAACCUCCCCAAAACUUUGUGGAAUGAAACAUUUUAUUUAAGCAGCUCAAUAAUUCUUUGUGUCAGGAAUCCAGUCGGGAGUUCAGAUGGCUUCUUUCUAUUCCAGUGUCUGGGGCCUUGAUGUGGGGAGACUCAAAGCCUGGGGUGAUGGGGCAGCGGGGAGCUCUGGAGGACUUUGCAUCACACACCGUUGACUGAUGGGGGACCCCUGCAUGUAGUCUCCACUGGGCUAGUUGAGCUUCCUCAACGUGGUGUCUGGAUUCCCGAGGGCGGGCAGAGGUGUGGUGUUGUUAUGGUCUAGCCGUGGAAGUCACAUGGCAUUUCUUCCGCCACACGUUAUUGGGUGAGGCAGCCACAAGUUCUGCCCAGGUCCUAAGGGUGGGGGUCUAGAUGCCCUCACUUUCUGGGAGGAGUGUCCAAGUCAUAUUUUAAGAGCACGUGGGAUGGGAUAUAUUUUGCAUUAUCUUUGGAAAAUUCAGUGCCACAGGUUAUAAUCCGUUCCAAUCAUUAUUUAUUUGAUGCCCCAAUUGCCCCAUAUUUGGCUUGUAGCAACUUCUUCGAGUUGGCUUCUUUUGAGUCUUUUUGACAUAUACUCUUUAUUCUUUGACUAACUUCCUUAUUUUCCGGCACAAGGUGUUCUAGGCUCAGCUUGCCUUUUCCAUGCUCCAUCCCUAGAGUCAGCCAUUUUUCAAAGGAGCCCGGGUUCCUCUUAAUGCAGAGUGGUGUUUAUAAAAUGAGGUUUGGGCCCAAGGAGUGUCCACUGCUCCUGGGCAGUGUAAUUGCUUCAAGGCUCCUUCAGUGGACAGAGCUACGGAAUACACACAGGUUUCCAACUUUAUUUUUCAUCUAUGCGUAUGUUAAGAGCAAUAACGUCACACCUGUACCUUCUUUUCCAGUCAGGUAUCACAGAGUGUAUUUUAAUUUUACGCCUUUCAGAUAUUUUCAAAACAGCUUUAUUGAGAUGUAAUGUAUAUACCAUACAAUUUGCCUAUUGAAAGUGUACAUACAAUUCAGUGUCUUUUAGUAUAUUCAGAGUUGUGCGACCAUCAUCACAGUCAGUUUUAAACAAUGCCAGUAUUCCAGAAAGAAACCGUGUCCCCUUAGCUAGCACCUUCCAGUUCUCCACAGCCCCAGGCACCCAGGACUCGCCUCUCUGCCUCUAAGAUCUGUCUGUCCUGGACACUUCACGGAAGUGGAGUCAUACAGCUUGUGACCCUUUGUGUCUGGCUUCUUUCCCUCAGCGUGAUGUUCCCCAAGAAUCACCCACGUCAUACAGUGUGAAAUUUUCAAAAAUGUUUCAAAUUCCUGUGGAAAAUCUUGACAACAUCAGGAAGGUACGAAAAAAGGUGAAAGACAUUCUUGUGGAUAUUGGGCUUGACAGCUGCAAGGAGUUGCUGAAGGACCUUAAAGGCUUUGAUCCAGGAGAGAAGUACUUUUAUAACACAUCGUGGGGAGAUAUUGCUCUCUGGGAACCUUCUGGAAAGAAAGUGAGAUACCGAACGAAGCCAUACUGUUGUGGCCUCUGUAAGUACUCCACCAAAGUGCUUACGUCAUUCAAAAACCACCUGCAUCGUUACCAUGAGGAAGAGGCUGACCAGGAGCUGCUGAUCCCCUGCCCAAACUGUGUCUUUUCCUCUCAGCCCAAGGUUGUGGGCAGGCACUUCAGAAUGUUCCACGCACCUGUGCGGAAGGUACAGAGCUACACGGUGAGCAUCCUGGGCGAGACCCGCUCGUCCCGGGGCGAUGUGAUAAGCUUCACGUGCCUGAAGUGUAACUUCUCCAACACCCUGUACUACAGCAUGAAGAAGCACGUGCUGGUUGCCCACUUUCACCACCUGAUCAGCUCCUACUUUGGCCUGCGGACCGAGGCCUUGGCUGAGCCACCGAAAGCCGAUGGCACCCUCUCUGCCGAGAAGACGCCACCCCCCGACAGGUAUUACUGCAAGAAGUGCGAGGCCAGCGCCAGCAGCCAGGACGCGCUGAUGUAUCACCUCCUCACGUCAGACGUGCACAGAGAUUUGGAGAACAAGCUGAGGUCCGUGAUCUCGGAGCACGUUAAGAAGACCGGGCUUUGGAAACAGCUGCACAUAGCCCCCAAACCAGCGGUGCCCACGCCACCAAAUGGCAGUGCCCCGGGCAUCCCGGCCACGUCCUCUUGCUUUCAUCUUGCCUUGCCGCAGAGUGGUCAAAGCCAAGCGGCUGCCCCGCCAGGCCAGGCCACGAUCCAGCCCGUGACGGUGGCCUCAGGCGCUUCUGGAAGCCUUGCCCACUCCCCGCCUGCCGUGGCCAAGCCCCACGUGACUCUCGUCUCCAGCCCCCUGGCAGUUGGCCAAGGCAGCCUCACUCUGCCUCCCGCAGCCCCCCCGCCAGUCUUUCUUUCUCAUGGAGUCCCAAUGAAUCAGUCAGCAAAUCCUCCUGUGUUGCCCCUGACUCAACCAGUUGGGCCUGUCACAAAGCCUGUUGGAGCUGCAGUCCUCCCCAUGAACCCGACCAUCCGCCCAGGAGCUCCAGCCUUCACCCAGCCUGUUGGGCCCAUAAACAGACCUGCUGGGUCUGGAGUUCUCUCUGUAAACAGACCUGCUGGCUCUGCCAUCCUUCCCGUCAGCCCCGCAGUCACCCCCGGGGUUCUCCAGGCGGUCUCACCAGGGCUGAUUUCUGUGAGUCGGACAGUACCGUCGGGUGUUCUUCCUGCAGGCCAAGCGACCCCUGCUGGGGUGAUCCCUUCGGGACAGACAGCAACUUCUGGGGUGCUCCCUGCUGGCCAGAUGGUGCAGUCAGGGGUUCUCCCCAUUGGCCAGACGGCCCCAUCGGGAGUUCUGCCCCCGGGGCUGACGGUGCCAUCACGGGUUCUCCCUCCUGGCCAGACGGUCCCCCUAAGGGUUCUCCCUGCAGGCCAGGUGGUCCCGCCGGGGCUGCUCUCGCCCAGCCAGACAGUCUCAUCAGGCAUUCUCCCUGUGAACCAGGGUGUGAGUUCCGGAGUCGUUCAGCUCGGCCAGCCUGUCAUGUCAGGAGUCCUUCCUGUGAGCCAGCCGGUGCGGCCUGGGAUCCUACAGCUUCACCAGUCUGUGAAUCCGAGCAUUCUGCCUGCAAACCAGCCAGUGAGACCUGGCGCCUCCCAGAACACAACUUUCCUGACGUCGGGCUCCAUCCUGAGACAGCUGAUUCCGACAGGGAAACAAGUGAACGGCAUCCCCACGUAUACACUUGCUCCGGUGUCUGUCACUUUGCCUGUGCCAGCCGCGGGAGUGGCCACCGUCGCCCCCCCACAGGUGCCCGUUCAGCUCCUGCCGUCGGGCGCAGCCGCUCAGGUGGCGGGCUCUGUGGCCAGUGCGCCCUCGCCCCCGGUGCUGGUCGGUGCUGCUCAGAGUGCGCUCGUUCCCGCCGCCGCCUCGGCAGCAGAGGCGGGCCAGGCACUGCGACAGGCCAAGCAGUGGAAGACGUGCCCGGUGUGCAACGAGCUCUUCCCCUCCAACGUGUACCAGGUUCACAUGGAGGUGGCACACAAGCACAGCGAGGCCCAGCCCGCCGAGAAGCCGGAGCCUGAGCGGCUGGCCGCCUGUGCGCCCUUCCUCAAGUGGGUGAGGGAGAAGGCGGUGCGCUGUCUGUCGUGCAAGUGCCCGGUGUCGGAGCCCCAGCUCAUGCAGCACGUGCUCAUGCACGGCUUGGGCUGCCUGCUCUGCCCCAGCACCUUCCAUGACCUCCGGGGCCUUUGCGAGCACAGCAGGACCGUGCACCAGGGGAGGAAGAAGGUGCCCACGGAGUACAGUGACCGAGGCUUCCAGCUGGACGUUGACGCCAACGGCAACCUGCUGUUCCCCCACCUGGACUUUGUCACCACGCUGCCCAGGGAGGAGCUCGGGGAGCGAGAGGUACAUCUGGCGGUGCUGGCGGGCCUCCAUCCCAAGUCGCUGGGGCCCGUGUACAUCCGUGUGAGGCCCCAGCCUGAGGGCGCCUCCGGGAGCCCCGGCCGGAGGGCGCUGACCUGCCCCUUCUGCUUUGGCACCUUUGGGACGCCCGAGGCCUACGAGCUGCACCUGAAGGACAGGCACCACAUCACGCCAACCGUGCACACGAUUUUGAAGUCUCCGGCGUUCAAGUGCAUCCACUGCUGUGGGGUCUACACCGGCAACAUGACCCUGGCUGCCAUCGCCAUCCACCUGCUGCGCUGCAGGAGUGCCCCGAAGGACAGCAGCCCCGACCUGCACUCGCAGCCGAGCUUCAUCGACAACAGUGACCUGGUUGUGGUCAACGGCGAGGUCAUACACGACGCCAGUUUCUCUGUGAAGAGGAAGCUGCCUGACGGCCACCUGGGGCCCGAAGACCAGAGGGCUGUGGAGGAACGGCCUCUGGUCAUAAACACCGACGCAGACCCGGCUCCGGAAAAGGCAACCAGCGUCAUGCCCUUCAAAAGACAAAGGAAUGAAAGCAGGACGGAAGGACCACUGGUGGUUAACGAUGACGCUCUUCAGAUCUUAGCGUUAAACCCCAAAAAAUACGAAGACCGUUCUUACGAAGAAAAGAAGCAGUUUCUCAGAGAUUAUUUCCACAAGAGGCCAUAUCCUAGUAAAAAGGAAAUAGAACUGUUAUCUUCACUGUUAUGGGUGUGGAAAAUUGACGUGGCUUCAUUUUUUGGGAAAAGGAGGUACAUUUGCAUGAAAGCAAUAAGAAACCACAAGCCUUCUGUGCUUUUAGGCUUUGAUAUGUCUGAACUUAAAAAUGUUAGACACAGAUUGAACUUUGAGUACGAACCACAAAACUCGUAAAAAGUUUAGGAAAUUGGUAGUUUUUUUCAAUUGAGAUUUAAAAAAUGUUAUUUUCCUCACUGUAUGUUGAACUAAUCAAUUUCAGUGGUCUUUAUGCUGCUCCUUAGAUGUAUUUCAGGUGCUCUGCAGGACUUCCGUGUGAAGAAGUGAUAGUUCUUUUUCAAAGUUAUUGUUUCCUGCGGUUUGAUUUUGACAUAAUUAAUUUUAGUUUUUUCCUCGGUCAGGUAAAUCAAAUCUUUUGAUAUUUCAUGCACGCCUUGUUUUCCCAGUAGUGUCAGUAUCAUAUGAUAAAAACAAUACGUAUAUUUGUUUUUUCAUUUAAGGAAAUCUCAGCUUGUUUCAGAAUACUUAAUGAACUGCACAUGAGAGCUGCGGUCUCCCUUCCCUCCCUUCCCAAGUAGCUGCAAAUGAUACAGUAACUGUUUAGAGAAGCCAGUGCGCACUGCAGUAACUUAGGCUGCUUUCUUCUUUGUAAGAUAUUUGCUUCUUGGACUCUGAUUUUCGUUUUCCUUUUUUUCAGGUUUGACCUAACAGCUGUUUUUGAUUAUCACUCAUAGAAAACCACAUGUUUUCAUUUGUUAAAAAGUACACUGAAUCUGAAGUCCAGUAUGUAGCCCAUAAGUCAAGAGUUGUUUGACAAAUAAAUUAAUUCUGUAGCUGCAGAAACACUUUUCAGUGUAGACUUUCCCCUCUUUUUGAUAUGGUGAUUAAGUCGUUUCUCCAGUCAAAGGUAAGACAGUAAAUCUUUAGUGCCUUUAGAAUAAACACUGAAACACACACACACACACACACACAUGCACACACAUCCUUCCUUCUAACCUAACUGUUCAGAACUAGUGAAAGGGAAGAACUGUGUUACUCAGGAAUGAAAUUUUUACCCCUGAGUGUGGGUGCUGAAAUGUAAGCAUAGGUUUUCUGGGGCAAGAGGAAGUUUCCAUGGUUGGUCUGUUAAUUUUUGAUGGUUUUCUAGAAGUGAGCGUGUUCCUGUGGGGAAAUAGGCAUCCACACAGCCCAGUGUCGGACUAAUGGACUCCAUUGUGUUAGCGUUCUUUGGACGGUUACACCUCGUUUUCUGUUACUUCUUUCACGUAACAACACAAUAUAAAAGAACUUAAAGCACCAGAACCAGUGAUGGAAACCAGCCAGUUUAGACCUUACAUCACUGCUGGGAUACACAGAGGCACCUGUCCGAUGUAUUUAGAAGGUAUGACUGUCUCUGGGAAGUAAGAUAAUGCUACUCUAUGGAUUUAAAAAUAUACUUGCAUGUGAUUGCUACAAUGUGCAUUUUUGAAGCAAUUGUGAACCUGGUCUGUGGUUGUUGGUGUACUCUGUUGUAAAUUCAAAAAGAGCUUGUUGAAGUUUAUUUUUUUUUUACCUAUUGUUUUCAGAGUGUCUAUUUUGAAUUAAAAUUUGUUAUACCACUGCAAAUAAAACUGUUUAAUUCUUUUAACAGCUAAAACAUCACUGUCACUCAUAGGAAUAAUCUCAAGGUGGAAAUAGAUGCCAUGUUUGUUUUAUCAAAAACAUUACUUGUCAUUGUGAAGAUAACUCAGCAUCACAUCAGAGGGCUAAUUACCAGGGUCAUGAAAUAGGGUCAUGUGGCUAGACUUUCGAGUCUGUAACAGUGGCCCCCAAACGGUCAAAAAGGAAUUUGCCUUUGUGGAUGGAGGCUGGGCUCUCGAGUGGAGGAGGCCCGGUUCGGCUGCUCCAGCGCAGUGAGUGGCUGUCCCUGGUUUCUGCCACCUUCCUGUAUUCAUGCAAAUCAGGGGGUUUCUGUUGGCAUUUGGGGCCUGAUCAUUCUUUGUGGGGGUCACUGUCCUGUCUGCUGCAGGACUGGAGCAGUGUCCCGGGCUCCCCAGUCAGCGCAUCCUCUCCCCGUAAGUCUGUAAGUCGUGAGAGCCGCAAGUGUCAUGGCCAGGUGUCCCUGGGGGGUAGAAUCUGCCUGACGAGUACUGCUGUGAAAGGAAUUCUGAUCUAAUUGUAUUGUAGCUGUAGUUCAGGUCUUGAUGCUGAGCCUUCUUAGAUUAUGCUAAUCACUGGUUAUUAACAAAUUGUUUAGGCUUACAAAUGGAGGCAAAAUUUGAUAUAAGCUGAACUUCUAUCGAUUUGGGAAUGAAAAUUUCGUUCUGCCAGAAAACUGCUUUUAGUUUUAAAAACUUAGGCUGAGUUUUAUUCUCUUACUGGUUUCUAUAACUUGAAUGUUCUCAGACCAGUUCCCUUUCUGUGGUGGUGACAGUCAACAGCUAGAUGUCACACAUUCCUCAACAGGAAGCUUUGCUUUGUAGCAUAACUGCCAACUCCGGCCUCCUGGGAUUCAGACUUCUGUUACGCAGUUA